UCAAUCUCGUGAAGUUAAAUAUAAGGAUCUAGAUAGAGAAAGUGCAGCAUUCCAGCAAAACAUUAUCGGGUUUAUCGGGUAACACUGCCCCCUAGUGUCCAGCGACGACCUGGACAUGUAUGGAGAGAUUUUACAGCCAGAUACGCAGAGAUUUUGAUAGCCAGAGCAUGGACUUUUCAUGAUGAUGAAGGAUCAGGAUUCAUUAUAGAUCAGUUAGGGAACAGAAGAUGAACAUGUUGAUGCGGGGAAACAUUUUUAUUUUGCUGUUACAGAAAAUAGAUACAUUGGACCAACUGGUCACAACUUAGCACAGGUUUUACACCAGUGGCCAGGGUUUUGGGCACCGGCUGGGAAUCGAACCUGGGCUUUCUGCAGUGUAGGCAAGAAACCCACCCUUAAGCCACCAGUGCCCGAAUUGUGCAAUACAGCAGGAUGUGCACUAAUUUUACCUCAGCAUUUUACACACUAUAUAUUUACAUAUUUGUUUGUAGUUACAUAUAAAGUUGUGGAACAUAUCUCCAUGAAACCUAUUUUCAUUUAUCUUCUAUCCCUUAUAAACAGCUUGCACCUCACCAGCCUUUUAUUUAAAAGAGAAAUGCUACAGAAAAAAACAUGAUUUAAGCAUUAACACUGGACACUCCUUCAUUAAUGUCCCCUUACAGUCAGUUUCACCAUAACUAACAAGCAUUAGAGCACCGUUUAUUAUCACAUGAUGUUUAUUAUGAUAAUAUAACAGAACAAGCUCAUUAAAAUGACUCUGACCUGUUAGUUCCUCAGGAGCUCUGCACAUUUCCAUGUGACAUUAUUUACAUUUGCUGUCUAGUGUCACCCAAAUAAGGAUAAGGUUCCCUUCAGAGCCUGCCGGUUCCUCUCAAGGUUUCUUCCUCAUGUCAUGUCAGGGAGCUUUUCCUCACCACCUUCGCCUCAGGCUUCUCAUUAGGUAUAAAUAUUAGAGAUAAAUAACUGAACUGAAGUAAGAGAAAUAAACAGCACUGUGUCUCUAUAAAGAGAGAUUUCUUCUUUUUAUGAGCUUCAGGAGAUGAUAGAAAUUUCAGUUGGAUGUGUGAUUAUGUAUCCAGGUUGUGUUGAGAUUUUAACAUUUAGCAUUUAACAGAUUAAUCCUGGAACAUUUUGAAGAUUUUGAAGCAUUUAUACUUAUACAUUAUACUGUAUAUUUCCAAGGAAAGGUGUAGUUACAGUGAGCUGGGACAGGCAAAAGAAAAUAUUUCUGGAAGUAUUUUAAUAUACAAAGCAGUGGGACACAAAUGGCAACACAACUAUACACAGAUCAGGCAUAACAUUAUGACCACCUGCCUAAUAUUGUGUUGAUCGCCCUUUUGCGGCUAAAACAGUCCUGACCCGUUGAGGCAUGGACUCCACUAGAUCCCUGAAACUGUGCUGUGGGAUCUGGCGCCAAGAUGUUAGCAGCUGAUGCUUUAAGUCCUGUAAUUUCCAAGGUGGGACUGGACUGGACUGGAUUUGUUUGUCCAGCACAUCCCACAGAUGCUGGAUUGGAUUGAGAUCUGGGGAAUUUGAAGGUGGAGUCAACACCUCAAACUGGUUGUUGUGCUCAUCAAACCAUUCCUGAACCAUUUCUGAAAGAGGCCACAGCCAUCAGGGAACACCGUUUCUAUGAAAAGGUGUAGAUGGUCUGCAACAGGUAGGAGAUACGUGUCAAAGCAACAUCCACAUGGAAGGCAGGACCCGAGGUUUCCCAGCAGAACAUUGACCAAAGCACGACACCGUCUCCGCUGGAUUAUACAGAUGUUUCUAAUAUGGUUUCCCGUGCGUAAAUAUCACACGUGACGUUUAUGUGACUUUUGUUUAAGAGAGUUUCUAUUCUAUAUUAUCUCUCUCAUGUGUCUACAUAUAAAUAGUCUAAUUCAGAAAAAAAUGCCACUCAUGAUUGAGGAAGAAUUUCUCAGAGUGAUGCGAAUAAAACAAUCAGAUUUCUCAUGAAGAAAAAACGUAAACAAUUUAACAUUAACGUUAAGCUCUGUAAGCUUUACAUGGCUAAGAAAACCCCCGUUAUAUCUCUCCUAAGCCUAAUUAAUCAACUUGUUACACACUAAUGAUCAUCUCUCAUUAUCACCAAGCGCUUGUUAUCAGGUAGGACUCAGGUGCAGAUGUUAUUUAUUUUCCAAACACUUCUCUUUAACACUCUCGGUGUGAUCAUGCAGCCAUGACGCACUUUCCUAGAUUAGAGGGUUUAUUAAGCGUUUAUUGAGUGUGAAUUUUAGGAACUCUGAGUGUGAAGUAUGACGGAAAGAACCCGCAGCAAAGUGGAGGUUGAUGUCUUGGGUGAUGAAGAAUUACAGACAGAUGUGGGUCGGUCAAAGAGCCUGGGUUUCUGUGGGCUUCUCCUGAGCGUUUUGUCUUUUCUGCUCAUCCUCAUGACCUUCCCGGUUUCUGUAUGGUGCUGCUUAAAGAUCGUCAAGGAGUAUGAGAGAGCGGUUAUUUUCCGCUUAGGGAGACUCCUCGGUGGAGCGAAAGGACCCGGUAUAUUCUGGAUCCUUCCAUGUGUGGACACUUUUCGUAAGGUUGAUCUGAGGACGGUGUCUUUCAACAUUCCUCCUCAGGAGGUGUUGACCAAAGACUCGGUCACCAUCAUGGUAGACGGCGUGGUUUAUUACAGAGUCUUUAAUCCUACAAUAUCUAUUACCAAAGUAGAAGAUGCUAAUCUGGCCACUCAGAUGCUGGCGCAAACCACUCUGAGGAACAUGCUGGGGACGAAGAGCCUGGCGGAUAUUUUGCGAGACCGUGAGGAGAUGGCGGAACAGAUGGAGGAAGUGCUCUAUUCUGCAUCUAAGAACUGGGGGAUUAAGCUGGAGCGGGUGGAACUGAAGGACGUGAAACUUCCCCAGACGUUACAGAGAGCCAUGGCUGCUGAGGCGGAGGCCACCAGAGAAGCUCGCGCCAAGGUGAUUGCUGCUGAGGGAGAGAUGAAAGCUUCGUGCGCGUUGAAGGAAGCCGCAGACGUCAUGUCCGAGUCUCCGGCUGCUCUCCAGCUGCGCUACCUGCAGACCCUGGGAGAGAUCGCCACAGAGAAGAACUCCACUGUGGUCUUCCCCAUUCCUAUGGACCUCAUUACCAGCUUCAUGAAGAAGUGACCACACACACGCCUGGAUUAUUAUUAUUAUUUACACUAAAGCAUACUGUAUAUAGGAUUUUAGGAAACGUGUGUAGUUUUGAAUGAAAGUCUGAACAGAUCUUUGAAUGUUUGAGAGAAUAGAAAGUUUUUUAUAGUCAGGGAUUUGUACAGGGAUGAAAGUCCACUUCAUUAACUCAAUUGCAAAUUUAUGUGAUUUAAUAAACAUUGACCAUCAUGUUAUGGACAACUUUAUUACUUUGAAUUCUCAAAAUCUUGUUUUCUGUGUAAUGAACAUAAAUAUACAUACAGUAUGUCAUCCUUUUUCUGAGCACUAUAUCAACUUAAUGAAGAAAAAUCACCAUGAAUUGAAACUCCAGU